UCGAAAUGCUCUGUCAGUCUCUCAUUUAUUUUCAAAUAAAUAAUUUAAGUAGCCACUGUGGUGUGACGCCUUGUCCACUCUAAUUAAUAAUUAAAUACAUUAAUUAAUGAACUACAAAUGAUUCCCUAUCGAUAUAAAGUGAAACUAUUAGAAAUAAUUAUCAUUUUUUACUAAACUGUCUGCCAAACGCACCUUCGAUUUUUCAUUAUUUAUUCGUAAAUAAAUGUGCAAAUGGAUACAAAUCUAAUACAAACGAUAUGAUUAAUUUCAUUUAGCGAAAAGUAAUCACCUUUCGACCAUGUACAUACGAAUCUCGGUCUUUGCCUGGAUUUUUGGGCAACAGGAGGGGAUUAGAGGCUCCAGUGAAAAAUUCACUGGUUGAUUUUCGUCGUUUGGAGGCUGUGGACACGUUCAACGAAUGUUUACUUGACAAUGGGACUCGAGGGUCCGAUGAUUGGCUGAUGGAGGUGGCAGACAGCGGCAUAACCUCAAAAUUCAUCGACACUUCUGUUACAGACCAUUGGGUAGAGCAACAUGACACAUUCGGAUUUAGAUUCUCACUUUGUUCAGGGGCUCAGGCUCCUUCAUUCCUCUAACAAGGAUUCCAUGGAUCAGUUGAGAAGCCUUCUGGAUGAGGCUAUCAAGCAGAAGCAUGGCUUGUCGAAGAUGCUGUGCAAUGUACUGCAUAAAAAGUACACGAUGGAGGAGCCCGUCCUCAGUGACCACAGCAGCACGAGCAGCAAAAGGAGCAAGAGCUCGAGUGCAUCCUCCAAGCACUCCCAUAAAUCCAACAAAAGUGACUCCCCCGAGGAAGUGAUCCCUCGAACACCUCCAGAACUUUUAAUCAGCGAUGAUCCAUUGGCUGAGAUCCUCGAGGAUGACUUGACCUGCGUCGUCUGCAAGGGAAUGGACGUAGGAGCGAGGAAUAGGCUCGUCGAGUGCGCUGAUUGUCAUGCACUCUAUCAUCAGGAGUGUCACACACCCCACAUUCAGGACUCGCAGAUUGAUGUACCAAAAUUGUUGUGGUACUGCUCGAACUGCAUCAAGGCACAUCAGCCUCCCAAGGAUAAACCACCACCAAAGCCACCGGUAGAGAGCAAAAAAGAUGUGAAAAAGUCAACUUCUAGUUCCAAGCAUUCAGACAAAUACAAGAGCUCCUCCAGCCACUCGGUGAUAACAGAUUCCUCAGUAUCCAAAACAACCCCUAGUAUCAACAUAAUCACUGGUGACAGACGACUGAAGGAUGUUACGAAAAAGGCUAAAGGGGACAAGCGCAGCAGUAGCACCAGUUCGAGUAAAUACACAUCAAGUUCAUCCUCUUCCAAGAAUUCCGAAAAAUCGAGUAGAAAAAAUGACUAAUGAGGGUCAAUUGAGUGGAUAAUGUCCCCGGAUUAAAAGUGAGAAACUAACUGUAACAAUAAUUCACUGCCAAACAUUGAAACUUAAGCCAUAAAACUUCCCCCAUCACAAUAAAAUAAUUUUCCCUUGA